UUGAUUCUGACCAGCAUGUUGUGUCUUGGCUUGAAUCACAGGGAGCUCCUGAAAGACGAUUCUUUCCUAUACGUUCCAGAGGUGAUCGACGAGCUCACGACGAAGCGAGUUUUUACUGCAGAGCUGGUGUCGGGCGUGCCUCUGGACAAGUGCAGCGAUCUCGAUCAGUGCACUCGGAAUAAGAUUUGCUCCAGCAUACUUGAGUUAUGUCUCCGUGAAGUUUUUGAGUUCAGGUUCAUGCAGACCGAUCCAAACUGGUCCAAUUUCUUUUUUGACGCAGAGAAGCAGAAGUUAACAUUAUUGGAUUUUGGAGCAAGCAGAGAAUUUGGUAAAGAAUUUACAGAUAACUACAUUGAGGUGAUCCGAGCAGCUGCCGACGGUGACCGAGAGAAAGUGUUGCAGAAAUCUCGGGAUUUGAAAUUUCUAACUGGAUUUGAGACAAAGGUCUUCGAGGAUGCUCAUGUUGAGGCUGUGAUGACUCUCGGGAAGGCAUUUGCUCAGACCCACUCCUUCGACUUUGGGUCCCAGGACACCACACGUCGAAUCCAGAGGCUAAUCCCAGUGAUGCUGAAGCAUAGGCUGACACCUCCUCCCGAAGAAUCGUACUCACUCCACCGUAAAAUGGCUGGCUCCUUCCUCAUCUGUUCCAAACUGCAGGCAGACAUCCCUUGCAAGGAGAUGUUUGACAAGAUCUAUGCUGGGUACUUCAACCAACUGGAGGAGGAGCCAUUUCAGAUGCAGCGCCCAUCGAUGGCCUAGGUUCAGAACAGUUUAGGAGCUAGGAGGCUGAUUAAAUGUAUUCUUUAUAAAUGACAUUCCUAUUGGUGGAUUCUGAGCUCUGUAAGUGGAACCUGACCAGAACACUUUCCUUCCACUCUGAUCCUCGUCCAUUGGAGUGUUCAACUGUAGCUGCUGGCUUCGUUUAUUGUUUACUUCCGCUCCAGCCUUGAAGACUCUUCCAAAGUGUAUUUGAACAUUGACCAUCAAGUUCAUGAGUCUGCAAGAAUGCUAUUUUUAAAAUAAAUUUGACAUAUGUAGGAA